AUGUCUUCCGUGGGCAAGUCGACGCCUUUAGAUAAGACCGCCUUGAAGGGGUCAGUAUACGCCGAUGUAGACCAUGACCCGGUCACUACAGUGUUGCCCAAUGGCGACGUGCCUUAUACGGACCAUGCAAUGGACGCGGAUGAGAGGGUCAUUGUAGCCCUGGGGUACAAGCAGGAGUUCAAACGAGAGUUCUCGCUCUGGACAACAUUCUGCGUCAGCUUUGCUGUGCUUGGGCUACUCCCAUCAUUUGCAAGCACAUUAUACUACGGAAUGGGCUAUGCGGGAACAGCAGGCAUGGUUUGGGGUUGGAUCAUAGCUAUGCUUUUCAUCCAGUGUGUAGCCAUGUCAAUGGCUGAACUGUGUUCGGCGAUGCCAACAAGUGGCGGCCUCUACUAUGCUGCUGCAGUACUCGCACCCCCAGGAUACGGACCAUUUGCGGCGUGGAUCACUGGUUGGUCCAACUGGAUUGGACAGAUUACAGCAGCACCGUCGGUGGACUUUUCACUGGCUGCGAUGAUCCUGGCUGCAGCGUCGAUACAAAACCCGGACUACGUGCCUACUUCGUGGCAAACAUUUCUCCUUACCACACUUAUCAUGAUCCUCCACGCGGUAAUCAGCAGCAUGCCAACGAAAUGGGUUGCGCAGUUCAACUCGUGGGGCUCAACUUUCAACAUGUUUGCGCUCAUCGCUGUCAUCAUUGCCAUUCCGGCAGGGACGAAGAAUGAACCUAAGUUCACGCCGUCAAAGGAAGUAUGGGGGACAAUCACCAAUUUGACUGACUUUCCGGAUGGGGUCGCGGUUCUCAUGACCUUUGUCGGUGUGAUCUGGACCAUGUCUGGGUAUGAUUCUCCGUUCCACCUAAGUGAGGAGUGUUCCAAUGCAAACAUCGCCUCUCCGCGAGCCAUCGUGAUGACUUCAGGCGUUGGGGGCUUGAUGGGCUGGUUCUUGCAGCUUGUAGUCGCUUACACCGUGCUUGAUAUCGAGGCGGUGAUAGACUCUGAUCUCGGGCAGCCUUGGGCGUCAUACUUGUUGCAGGUGAUGCCACAAAAAACCGCCCUGGGAAUACUCGCUUUAACUAUUAUCUGUGGGUUCUCGAUGGGCCAAGGAUGCAUGGUUGCCGCGUCGAGAGUCACGUACGCCUAUGCCCGCGACGACUGCUUUCCUCUGUCAGGGAUCUGGAAAAAGGUUGACAGUCGCACCAAAACCCCCGUGAACGCUGUCAUCAUAAACGCCAUCAUCGGGAUCCUUAUGUGCCUCUUGAUCCUCGCCGGGGAUGUAGCGAUUGGCGCUCUCUUCUCUAUCGGUGCCAUUGCGCAGUUCGUUGCCUUUGCGAUCCCCAUUUGCAUUCGGGUGUUCUUCGUUGGUAACCGUUUCCGGCGGGGACCAUGGCACUUGGGGCCAUUUGGCCCCUACAUUGGAGCAGCGGGCGUGCUCUUUGUGCUGCUGAUGGUGCCAAUUCUGUGCCUUCCCAGUGUGACGGGGGAUGACCUGACACCCGAUCUGAUGAAUUGGACGUGUCUUGUCUGGGGCGCUCCGAUGCUGGCGGUGAGCAUCUGGUGGGUGGUGGACGCCCACAAGUGGUUCAAGGGACCAAAGGUCAAUGUGGAGCAUGCCAUCCACCCCGUGGAGGAGGAGAGGCCCGUUGUUGUUGAUGUGGGGUUCGAUGGCGGCGAAGAAGAAUAUACGUCCGGCAGGUCGGACCGAAGUCAGGGCUGA